AUGGCAUCAUCAUCCAACGACGAAGAACAAAAUUUAGAAAACAUGUUUGAAGAUUAUUUCGAACAACAAAUCGAAGUAAUGUACAACAACAUAGUGGACUAUCAACCGCCAGUACUGAGGAGACGAGCAUACAUAGAAAGAAACCGCGAGGAACGGCACAACCGCUUGUGGAAUGACUAUUUCAGUGACGAGCCGACAUAUCCACCUCACUAUUUUAGGCGCCGUUUCCGAAUGAACCGAUCAUUAUUCACGGGGAUUGUUAAUCGCUUCUCCAAUGAAGUUCCUUAUUUUCAACAUAGAAGAGAUGCAGUUGGCCGGUUCGGGCUAUCUCCACUACAAAAGUGUACUGCAGCAAUUAGUAUGUUGGCCUAUGGUUGUGCGGGUGAUAUGGUGGACGAAUAUCUCCGCAUGGGGAAGCCAACAAUUGUUCUAGAGGCUGUAGCUUCACAAGACCUCUGGAUAUGGCACGCGUUUUUUGGACCACCGGGUAUCUUGAACGAUAUUAACGUCCUUGAUCGGUUUCCGGUUUUUGAUGACAUUAUCUAUGGUCGAGCUCCAAGAGUUGAAUUCACCGUCAACGGUCACAAGUAUCAUAGGGCCUACUACCUCACCGGCGGUAUAUAUCCAAAGUGGCCUACCUUUAUCCAAUCCAUCUCUAUUCCUCAAGGUCCAAAGGAUGUGUUAUUUGCAGAACGUCAAGAAGCCGCCAGAAAAGAUGUCGAGCGUGCAUUUGGAGUCUUGCAAGCUCGUUUUGCAAUUAUUUGGGCUUGA